UAAAACUCAUAAACCUCACACUGCUCUCAAUCGAACCAAAGAAUAGCAAAUAGAAAACCUUAUCACAUCACUCUAAAGAACCAUUAUCAUGGCCUCAGUAACUUCAGCCACCGUCGCAAUCCCAUCUUUCACCGGCCUUAAAGCCUCAACCAUCAAAUCCUCCGCCUCCGUCAGAAUCAACACCGCUGUUGCUGCGUCACCGAAGCUCACAGUGAAGUCAUCUCUAAAGGACUUCGGAGUCGCGGCCGUAGCAGCUGCAGCUUCAAUUGCUUUGGCCGGAAACGCCAUGGCAAUUGAGGUUCUCUUGGGAGGAGGAGAUGGGUCAUUAGCUUUUGUUCCCAACGACUUCUCUAUCGCCAAAGGAGAGAAGAUCGUGUUCAAGAACAAUGCUGGGUUCCCACACAACGUUGUGUUCGAUGAGGACGAGAUCCCAAGUGGCGUCGACGCCGCCAAGAUCUCGAUGGACGAGCAAGCUCUACUUAACGCUGCCGGAGAGACCUUCGAGGUUGCUUUGACCGAGCCUGGGACUUACAGCUUCUACUGUGCGCCGCACCAGGGUGCUGGUAUGGUCGGUAAAGUCACUGUGAACUAAUAUGUGUAUGUGAGAAAGUGAGAGAGUCUCGGAUUCAAGUAGAGGCUUUUCUUUCCCAUUCUUACAUUAUUACAUAAUGUGUUUUGUAAUUCUAAAGAGUGUUGAAUCCAAUGGACCUUGGUUGUUGUAAUGUGACUGGUUCCAUAGUUUGCUUCUUGGUUUAUGAUAACUAUAUGUAGUUUAUGUCU